UGGCUGUCGACUUGCCCCACCCCCCACGCAUGCUCGCUGUCAGUUCAGAGGCGCGCCAUGGAGGAGCCAGAAGCGUUGGGCUUUGAACACAUGGGCCUGGAUCCCCGGCUCCUACAGGCCGUCGCUGACUUGGGCUGGUCGCAACCUACGCUGAUCCAGGAAAAGGCCAUACCGCUGGCCCUGGAGGGGAAGGACCUCCUGGCCCGAGCCCGCACAGGCUCCGGGAAGACGGCAGCUUAUGCUCUUCCGAUGCUGCAGCUGCUGCUCCACAAGAAGGCGACAGGUCCUGUAGUAGAACAGGCUGUGAGAGGCCUUGUUCUUGUCCCUACUAAGGAGCUGGCCCGGCAGGCUCAGUCCAUGAUUCAGCAGCUUACUGCUUACUGUUCUCGGGAUGUUCGAGUGGCUAAUGUCUCAGCUGCUGAAGACCCAGCUUCUCAGAGAGCUGUGUUGAUGGAGAAGCCAGAUGUUGUGGUGGGGACCCCAUCCCGCAUAUUAAAUCACCUGCAGCAGGACAAUUUGAAACUUCGUGACUCCCUAGAGUUGCUGGUGGUAGAUGAAGCUGAUCUUAUUUUUUCCUUUGGCUUUGAGGAAGAGCUCAAGAGUCUUCUCUGUCACUUGCCUCGGAUUUACCAGGCAUUUCUCAUGUCCGCUACUUUUAAUGAGGAUGUACAAGCACUAAAGGAGCUGGUACUACAUAAUCCGGUUACCCUCAAGUUACAGGAGUCCCAGCUGCCAGGGCCAGACCAGUUACAGCAGUUUCAGGUGGUCUGUGAGACUGAAGAAGAUAAAUUCCUGCUGCUGUAUGCCCUGCUGAAGCUGUCAUUGAUUCGGGGCAAGUCGUUGCUCUUUGUCAACACUCUGGAGCGGAGUUACCGGCUCCGUCUGUUCCUGGAGCAGUUUAGCAUCCCCACCUGUGUGCUCAAUGGAGAACUCCCUCUGCAUUCCAGGUGCCACAUCAUCUCACAGUUCAACCAAGGCUUCUAUGACUGUGUCAUAGCAACAGAUGCUGAAGUGCUGGGGGCCCCAGUCAAAGGCAAGCGGCGGGGCCAAGGGUCCAAAGGAAACAAGGCCUCUGAUUCAGAGGCUGGUGUGGCCCGGGGCAUAGACUUCCACCAUGUAUCUGCUGUACUCAACUUUGAUCUUCCUCCCACUCCUGAGGCCUAUAUCCAUCGAGCUGGCAGAACAGCUCGAGCCAACAACCCAGGCAUCGUUUUGACCUUUGUUCUGCCCACAGAACAGUCUCAUUUGGGAAAGAUGGAGGAGCUUCUCAGUGGAGAGGGUGAGGCCCCUAUCCUGCUUCCCUACCAGUUCCAGAUGGAGGAGAUCGAGGGCUUCCGAUAUCGCUGCAGGGAUGCCAUGCGUUCAGUGACUAAACAGGCCAUUCGGGAGGCGAGAUUGAAGGAGAUCAAGGAAGAGCUUCUACAUUCAGAGAAGCUCAAGACAUAUUUUGAAGACAACCCCAGGGACCUCCAGCUGCUACGCCAUGAUCUGCCCUUGCACCCUGCAGUGGUGAAGCCUCACCUGGGCAAUGUCCCUGACUACCUGGUCCCUGCUGCUCUUCGUGGCCUGGUUCAAACUCGCAAGAAGCGGAAAAAGCUGCCCUCCUGUAGGAAGGUUAAGAAGGUGAAGACCCAGAACCCAUUGCGCAACUUCAAGCACAAGGGAAAGAAACCUAAACCUGCAGCUUCAUCCUCCUAGGAUGGCCUGAACCUGAGGACAGUCGGAAUUGGGUUUCCUGACCUGGAUGGAAUAGGCAUACUGUUUGUGGGCACACUCUGGUGCUCACUGUCUGGAGAUUGAACUCUGAAGAGGCAGCUCUGGGUGCCCCAUCUCCUUGGUACCACCAAACUGCCAUCUUGCCUCUUACUAGAAUAAAGGUUCCAGCUACCCCAGGUUGUGGACCUAUG